UAAAAAGUACUAAAGUAUUGGCUAGAUUAUAAUAGAACUUUCGAAAGGAGGUGGACAGAGGAAGGUAACAAAGACCUUGUAAUCUAGAAUAAAGAAAAAGAUUGGUAUUGAGUGUUGGACGGCUUAAUGUUUCCUAGAGAACUUAUGCGGUUGUACUAGAAAUAUGAAUAAAAUUUAAUUAAUUACAUAUUCGUUUUCAAAUUAGAAAUAACACUACACUUUGUCAACAAUAUGGAACAAUUUAGAAGAGCAUAUAUAUAUUGUAUAAAAAUCUUGGUUUCUCUCUUUUUUUUUUUUCUGUCUCUGUAUAUAUAUCUUGAUGCUCUGCGUGUGUAGUCUUCCAAUGCAUUUCAAAGUAGGCAUUGAAAGAAAGGUAAAUGAAUUGGUAUGUUAAGGAAAGAAGAGGAGGUGCAUCGGAGUGAGGAUGACGUCAUCAACACCUCCACUUAAACUACUAACUCUCUUUGCCAUCAUAUCUCUACUCCUCUUUCUAUCUUCCUACCCACGUUACAGGUACGAGGUUGAGAAAACCACCACAAAUCUCAAACUCGUCUUACUGUUCCUCCCGAUUCUCUUUGUCUUUUUGUUGGUCUCUCUACAAUUCGUUCAUCGAGCUCUCUUCAGCUCCUCUUACUACGUCAGAGGAAACCAUGCCGCGUCUCUUUUCGGAGGAGGCCACUUUCCCUGGGGAGUGUUGUUUAUGCUAAUCCUUCUACUUGUUUUAGUUUCUAAACAAUCUUACUUCCACGCCUUAUGGUACCCGAUCUUAUGACCUUAAAAUUUUUCAUCGUUUUUUUUUUUUUUUUUUUUUUUUAUUGUUCACAUAUAUGUUUUUUAUUGUUCACAUAUAUGUUUUGUAUAUUGGUAUGUUUGCUUCCUGUAAUCCAUCUAGACCAUAAACAUGUACAAGAUUUAAUGUCUCAGCCAGUUUUUCUACAUUGUUCGUUUAUUAUAGUAAAUACUGGCUGUGCAUGCUAAAUCUAUAAUGAAAUUAAUGGGAUAAAAAUAGAAUAAGAUGAAUGAAAUAUAGAAAAAAUGGAAUAACUCAACAUUUUUCAAAUUUGUAGUGGAAUAGUUUCUUCUGUUUUUUUUUUCGUAAAAUUGAUGGAAAGAGCAUUUUGUAAAAUUGAUGGAACUGAUGAAAUAAAAUAAAAUAAAAAAACAUUCUAAACUAUUAUGAUACCGUGGAAGCACCGUAACCUAGUGGUUAAGAUUUAAAGGCUUCUACACCCAGGUCUGGGGUUCGAACCCUAGACUAUGCAAUUUCUUGCAUAUUUUAAGAAAUCCAGGUUUCAAGUCCCGGAGAGAACAGUUUAUUAAUGCAGACAACAGAAAAAAGGCGUACAUUUCAUAAGGCAGAUAGUUUGUCGGUUGUCGAAUCGUUUUUGUAAUCUUUCUCAUAAUUGCAAUGUCAUAAUAAAUCAGCGUUAAAAAAAAAACUAUUAUGAUACUCUAGUUGUAGCCACUGUGAUAAAUCGGGAUGAAAUUUUACGCGAUAAAUAUAGAAAACAGUUUGGUUGUUUUAUUAGAUGUUAGAAAAUUUCAUGGACCAUUUGACCAAAACCUGUCAACAACAAACACAAACAAAUCAGAAAACAGAAAAACUCUAUGUUAGUUUUUUUCUUUCUGUUUUCAUGUGUUUUUAAGAUUAAAAGCUACAAAACCUAACUUAUCUUGUGCAAUUCACCAAUAUCGAACUCUUCCAUCAUUCUUUAUUUAAUCUACUCCGUAAUUAAUUGACUUCAACCCUGUCUCUCCACUUUUUUCCCCAACAAUAACACCACAUAAUGGCGAAAGAUAAAGAAGAACAAAACGAAGAAAAGCCUUCGACAUUAUCAUGUUUCAAGAACAUCUCAUUUCCAUUCAACACAACUUUCUUGAUCGCAAACUCGAUUUUCCUAGCCACAUCCGCUUUCUGGUUCGUAACCGUCUCAACAUUACAUUACAAGACGGAUGAAUGUAACCGGUUCGUGACAACUCUCGGAAUCUUCGUGAGCUUCUCAUUGCUCUCCAUGACUCUCGCUGGAUUCUACGCCGCUUACUACAAAUCCGAUUGUCUCUUCCGUAUCCACUUCUUCAUCUUCUUCUUGUGGAUGUUCGUGGUCGUGGCUAAAGCCGUUUUCGUUUACCGUCUCAAUAACGAGACCAAUCCUAGGUUGUUCCCUGGGACGAAGAUAAAUGAAUUUAGGUUAGAUGAUUACUCGGGAUGGGUUCGGAGAUUGGUCAUCAAAAACGAUGAAUGGUAUCGUACUAGAAGAUGUCUUGUUAAGGGAAAUGUUUGUAACAAUAUAUUCUCUAACCAAAACAUGUCGGCGUCUGAGUUUAAACAGAAGAAUUUAACUCCUAUACAGUCGGGUUGCUGCAAACCACCACUUUCAUGUGGAUUAACUUACGUCAAACCAAAUAUUUGGACGAUUUCAAGAUAUUAUAACAAUGUAGAAGAUGAUUGCAGGACAUGGAACAACUCGGCAAACACAUUAUGUUUCGAUUGCGAUUCAUGUAAAGCGGUGACUAUUGCAGAUUUACAUCAUACUUCAUUUUCACUAACAUUUAACAUCCUUCAUAUCUUUUUUAGUCUUUCCAUUGGCACUGUUGGUUGGUUUGCUUGGUUAAGAAUCCUUCGAGAAACUGCGAAUUAG